AUGUAUAGCAACGAUACCUCCCGCGAUGCUGCUGCCGUCGAUCUGUCGUUCUCGCAGAUCCUGGAAGCGCGCAGCACGUUGCACCAGCAGCAGCGGCGGCGUCGCAAGCCUCCAGUGGCCAACGGGCAGCUCCAGCGACCUGCAAACCAGCAAGUUCGACGGUUCCCGCCUCCACCUCCGGGUACUCCAUCAACAUUCCUCGAAAAUGAGGACAACGCGCCUCCGGCAUAUGGCAAUGGCAUGCUCGACUCGGUCUACGAAGGUAGUGAAGAUAUACUGGAAGAGAGUGAGGAGGAGGUACGAGCUGGCGUCUCUAUCCACAUGGGCAGCAGCAUGGACGACGAAGACUGGACCAAUGGGGACGACGGACAGCUCGGACAGGACAUGUACAGAUUUGUACAGCCAAGAAGGCUCUCCUCAUGGGUACAGGACGACGCGGUCUUUGCCUGUUUCAAGUGCCACACGGUCUUCUCGCUGCUGAUCCGCAAACAUCAUUGUCGUGCAUGCGGACGCAUCUUCUGCUCGGCGUGUUCGAGCCAACGUGUGGUGAUUCCAGGAGACUACGAGGCGACACCUGUGGCUCCAGCAUACAACUCAUUGACAACGAAUGCUAGUGAUCUGAUUGGCAACAUUAGCUGGUACUUGACGUCCUACUCGAGUCCCAACGCGGCUUCAGGAGUGGAUAUGAAUGGCAGCAUGUCGAUUCGACACUCGCAGUCGUUUGUGGACUCUGGAACGUUGACACCAGAGGAACAACAGGAAAAGUUCCUGAAGGACGUACAGAGGCUGCAGGAAAACAGCGUGAUCAGCAAGUUUACGCCCAAUAGAUCGAGAUCGGGAAGCGCUUCAAGUACUGGAACUACAGCUUCAAGCUCACACAGAUCUAUGCAUGUCCCCGAUGGCAGCGUCAUGCAGCGUGUUUGUGACGACUGUGCGUGUGCACUACAACAGCGAAGACACCACUACAACACAGUCAAGGUGUUUGAGCUGUGCGAGUUUAACCUUCAAGAGCUGCGAACGCUGGGGCAAGUGUGUCGAAAGUGGCAUCGCGCGACGAUCAUGUGUCUUUCCAUGUUCCGCCAGAUCCAGUAUUAUCUGCCCACACAUCGCUUGUCGGAGAGAGAGAAGAAGAUGCUGAUUAUCAAUCGGAAGUUCCUUGGUGGACAUACCAAGUGGCUCUUGCAGCUUGUUAAAGCAGUAGAUUUCUCGGAGGAGAAUGAACUGGAGCAUCUCGUCACUAAUAUGACAGAGAGUGAAGUUGAAGGUCCUGCAUCGGCUCGAAGAAGACAUGAACGGAACUCGAAGCUGAUAGAUGAAGUGCUGGAGUUACUGCAGCAGGAACGCAAGCAUAAAUGCAUGCUGACGAUGUGCUCGCGUCUCUGUAAGCCUCAAAUUGGCAGUGUCGACGCUCUGGAGAUCUUAGCGGACGAAACUAUUCACAACCAUCGACUGCGUGCGAUGGCGGUGGAUGCUCUGCUCAAGACUGCGACAGAGAACGAGUGGUGGAGCUAUCUACAGGUGCUGCUACACAGUCUCAGCGUUGAAACAAACGCCGCGGGAAGCAAACUAGGCCAAUCACUGCUUCGUCAAGCUCAGUGUGACAUUCGCUUCUGCUACGAUUUGUAUUGGGGACUUACAGUCAUGGCGGAGGACCCGAGUUGUCGACGUAAGUUCGACGGCAUGAAGCAGCGGCUACUGCUGACUCUGGCGCAGUUCAAGGACAAGUCGUCGAAUGGGAGUCUAGUGGAGUCCCGAAAGUUUGCCAGUGAUGACAUUGCAGAACAACUGCUACGAGGGCAGGAGCUAGUGGACUUAAUGUGGAAGAUCCCGCCGCGUAUUCCUGUCGAUGAUGUCCGUCGAAUUCUGGAAGCGUCGAUCAAGAAGUCGUCGCUUGGUUCAUCAACUGAUGAAAGGAAAGCAGGAGACCAGACACCGGCUAACGAUGAACAGGAAUGGCGGCUUCUGCGACUUCCCGUGGACCCGCAGGUCAAGCGCGGAGGCACCCAUGAUCAUCACGUGCACGGGCGUCGAUCGCGACGAAGAAGCUGA